AUGGCUCCUUCUAGCGUUCAAGACCUGUUCGAUGCCGAGCCAAUGACUGCCACCAAGAUCCGGAAUGCCUCAGUUGCCGCAGUCAGCUAUCACAACGCGAACUUCGAAAUCCUCCGCCGUCUGGUUCCUCUAGUAUCCGAUGGCAAGAUAACACACCUGAACGCCGGCUUCAUGCCCCCGUCAAACCUCAUCGUGGACGAAGCCAUCCGCCGCUUCUGCUCGGAAUCUCUACACCAUCCAUCGCCCAAAGCUUGCUGGCGUCAAGACGUCGAGGCCGUCCGUCAACUUUUGGCUCGGUACAUCAACACGGAUCCAUCAUCAAUAGCCUUUGCUCGCGACACGACAGAGGGCCUGGGAAGCUUCAUCCACGGGUUGAAGUUCGAGCCUGGAGAUAACGUAGUCAUUCUAGACUGCGAGCACCCGAAUCAGGCAUUCGGCUGGAUGGCACUUCGUCCCCUCGGGUUGGAGGUCCGCCUUGUCCCGACGCACCCUGAAAGACCUGUCGCCGCCAACGCGAAAACCUUCGCCCCCUAUGUCGACGACAGGACCAAAGCCAUUGGCUUAAGCUCAAUCAUGUUCCAUAGUGGACAAUGGAACGACAUCGCAGAUGUUUGCUCUGUCUACAGACCAAAGAGAAUCCACGUCCUUGCAGACUUAACCCAGCAAGUCGGGUUCGCAGACGUGGAUGUUCAAGCCCUGGGCGUCUCAGCAGCUGCCUUCAGUCUACACAAGGGUCUUCACACACCAACAGGCUUCGCAGCCCUCUAUGUGGAUUCAGCCGUCAUUGAAGAACUUGACCCAACGCCUCCACUUGUUGGCUACGGAGGGGUAGCCAGCGUGAGCGACUCAGAAGACUUCAUGAUUCCAGAGGGACCGAUCGUCUUCCAUCAGACGGCUCGCCGAUAUGAGCACGCUAAUAUGAGCUUCAUCUCGGCUGUUGCAGCUCGUGCAUUCCUCCAAUUUUACCUCGAGGUAAUGCGGCCCAAGAAUGUUGAGAAUCAUCUUUAUGGUCUUGGAGAUGCUUUACGAGAGUCUUGCGCGGAGCUGGGUAUCAGCGUUCUGGGGCCGAAGGAAAGGAGGCAACAUGCGCCGCAUCUUCAUGUCCUCCAGCUUCAUGAUCCUCAACCAUGCCAGAACUGCGUCACCUCAAAGACCGCAUGCGAGUACCGCGAGGUCGACCGCAAGAGAGUGCCAGUCUCGCACGAAUACGUCGCUAGCCUAGAAAGCCGCCUAUCCUGGUUCGAAUCAUUCGUCAAGAACCUACGCGCUGCGUCUCCAGAACAGCGGGAGGAGAUGCUCAAGUCAACCGCCUUGGACGACAAGUCGCCCAAAAGUGAGACGCAGGCCCCUGGAGAGUACAUCGCCCAGAUCGGAAUCCACGCAGGUAACCAAGCCAACCUGGAACUCGGGCUAGAGGGUUCGCUGGUCUACCACGGCGCGACGAGCAUCUUCCGCGCCGAGGCAGAGCACGGGCAGAAGGACGUCACCGACCGCGUUGGUCAGGGUUACUACGACGGCGUCGAGUCGGAUUUUGAGAGCGUCAUGGAGCAUUUCGGGAUCGGAAUGCAGGAUGAAGUCGUCAUGAAGUCGCUGACGCAGUUUUUCCGGUGGCAGUACCCUCACUUCAUGUUCAUCUACCGGGAGGCUUUUCUGAGGGAUCACUUUGGGGACAGAAAGAACGGAAAGUACUGGUCUUCGGCGCUGUUACUGUCUAUAUGCGCGCUGGGAGCUCUUGUGUCGCUUGAUACGAAGGAUUCGAGCGAUCAGUUCUUUCUAGCGGCGGAGAGCAUUGUCAUGGUGACUGGUCUGACGCGGCCAUCCAUCGCGACCGUUCAGGCGUUUCUUUGUUUGGCCUUCUACGAAAUUGGAAGGGGCAAUCUGUCAAAGGGAUGGGGGUACUCAGGCAUUGCCUUCAGGAUGGCUCAAGACUUGGGCUUCCAGAGAGACCCGAAGGAUUGGGUCCAGCACGACUCUUCCCUAGCUACUCCCGAAGAUGUCGAGAUCCGGAGACGCAUCUACUGGGGCUGCUACAUCUCCGACAAGCUGAUCAGUCUCAUCCUCGGUCGGCCGGUGUACCUCGUCUACGACGAAGCGGAAGUGCAGCCCAUGGAGACUCUGCCGUAUGCCACUUGA